GUAAGUAGAACGUAGUGGCUGUGUGGCAUUAAUAGUAUCUUAUUCGUUUUAUUAAACCGUUCUAUUGUCUUACAUUUAAAUAAAUCUUACUAUUUGUAACUGUCAACACAAGUUAAAUACGUAUAAAAUAUUCUUUAAACGCUACAAAGAAACAACACUCAAAUCAUAACAUUGUACAGAAUAACAAUUUUAUAACAUUUGUUAACAAAACAUAAGUGGUUAGUUUAAUUAAUAUACAAUAUUGCCAUAGAUUUCCUUUAAUUAAUUUUGCUCUGUGUUCACAAAUAAUGAUUGAAACAGUGAUUGUUAAUUUUCUAACAAUUUCAGUUUGUUCUUCAAUCAGUCCAAAUCAACUAAUUGCUCUUACAAAGCUUCAAAUGCCAAAAGUUCCACCGUUGCCAAACAUAGAAGUUCUAACCAACCUCUCUACCGAACCUCUCCAAAUGUUGUACGACUAUCCAACAGCUGUUCUGUACGCGUGGGAAAGGUUGAGAGUAAAGACUGCCCUGAUAGACGGCUACUUCAACAUGCCUUUGACUCUAGACGAGCUGCUCACUUCCGACUAUCAAAGUCCUCUUGAGUUUGAGAUUAUAGAGAAGGACGAUGAUCUCAAUGUGGAUGUUUACUCUCAUGUCCAAGAUCCAAGACUUUGCCUACUUUACGAUACCUUUGGCAAUAUUGCAGGAGUCAGAUUCUCGGUAAGUGUGCGCAAUUUUGAAACUAAAAGAUUUCUGAUUUGAAGCUGAUUUUAUAAC